GACAAACAAAAUAAAAACAUCAAGUAGACGUAAUCAAAUAAUAUAAUUUUUCUUAAUAAUAUUCGUAAUCAUGCUACCGUAAAAAGGCUUAUCUCAAAUCCCAUUCUCAUCGCCACCGUCGGAAAAAUGUGCCCUUUGAGGGUCAUUCUGAUAUUUCUUUCCGCCACUCUCGCCGGAUUUUUCGUUGUUCGAAAUCUCAAAUCCCGACCUCUCACCGACGACGGCGGCGGCGAUAAUUCUCAAUCCUCCUCCUCCUCCUCCUCCGGUUCUUCCAUUAACAAUGCUUCAUUGAACUCCAAGGUUCGAUCGGCUAUAGAAUCUGGAUUUUGGACCUUUGUAGACAUGGCGAGUGGACGAUAUCUGUGGAAGCAUUUGGUCCCAUCGUCGUCUUCUCCUUCUUCUCAUAAGGUUAAGCGUUCCAGUUGAUGGUUUUAUAAUGUUUUCUGGUUUGCUUCUGCCCCAAUUGAUGGCAGUAACCAGGCUGAAACUUUUAUGAUUUGCAGUUACGAUUUGUAAUAUUGUAAUUGAAUUCAAAUGAUUCCCACUUGUUGUUGUUGUUGUUGUUGUUGUUGUUGUUGUUCUUGGUUAUGGUGAUAGGAUGGUGGAGUUUGUAAUUAACAUUUUAUUGAAAAAGAACCUCAAUUUGCUUGAAAAAAGUUAGCUUCUUCCACUUAA